UACGCGUCCUAUUAUGUUGCGUCGCGCUUGCAUUACACGCACAUUAUAUACACAGAGCAACUGUCACUUAUCUUACACCUAGUGGUUUCAUCGAUUUCUCUCUAUCACAUGAAAAUUGCAUUUAACCACUUAGUGCUGAAUACUCUUGACCAAACAUUUGUAGUUGAUAAUCUAUGACAUGGCGGAAGCUCACGCAGCUGUAGCAUUUAGUUUUUCUAUUACUCACGAAGGAUGGGAUGUCAACUUCGACAGGGAAGUUCUAAACUUGGUAUGGAAAUCGGGUGUCCGUUCCUGGAAAAAGAGACUUUUCAAGUUUCUUAACAACCUGAGAAGCGGAAUCUAUCCUGCUUCUUUACAGAGCUUAUGGUUCACUGUAGCUAUAGUGAUUGCUGUACAUUUUACAGGAUACAAGGUACCUUACGAUCUUGUUGGGAAAACUGCGCCGUACCUCUCAGGAUCUUGGAUACUAGCACAUUUGGCAGGAUGCUUCGUAGUUGGACUUCUCUUAUGGCUGGUAGUGAUAUACGCAAUUCGAUACACCUUGAAAUUAUUGCUUAUAUACAAAGGAUGGAUGUAUGAAUCGCGAGAGAAAGGAACUACAGUCUCAAAAAGUACCAGAAUCUGGACUUCGUUGGUAAAGCUGCUCCUUGGAUGGCACAAACCCAUGCUGUACAGUUUUCAAGGAUCCUUGCCACGACUACCAUUACCCUCUGUGGAAGAUACUAUGAAACGGUAUCUACGAAGUGUACGGCCAUUAUUGGAUGAUGCAAAUUAUGCUCGCAUGGAAACAUUGGCGAAUGAGUUUCAAAAUGGCAUUGGAGUGAAACUUCAGCGUUACUUAAUUUUAAAAUCUUGGUGGGCCACUAAUUAUGUCUCCGAUUGGUGGGAAGAGUACGUCUACCUGCGUGGAAGAUCUCCCAUCAUGGUGAACUCAAACUUUUACGGCGUCGAUGCUAUUCUCAUGUAUCCAAGUACUGUACAAGUUGCUCGUGCUGCAACCGUUGUUUAUUCAUGCUUGCAAUACAGACGUCUCAUCGAACGACAAGAAUUAGAACCAAUUUUGAUUCAGGGACUCGUACCUUUGUGUUCGUGGCAAUACGAAAGAGUAUUUAAUACUACAAGAGUGCCUGGGCGCGAGACUGAUAAACUUGUGCAUUAUGAGGACUCUAAACACAUCGUUGUGUAUCAUAAGGGCAAAUACUUCAAAGUUCUUAUUUAUCACAACAACAGAAUUCUUCAACCUUGUGAAAUAGAAGUUCAAAUGCAGCAAAUAUUAGAUGACAAAUCAGAACCAGCGAAUGGCGAAGUAAAGUUAGCUGCCUUAACAGCUGGCGAGAGAACAGCAUGGGCAGAAGCUAGAGAAGAAUAUUUUGCGAAAGGAGUGAAUAAGGCUUCCUUGGAUCUUAUUGAAAAAUCAGCAUUCGUACUUGUAUUAGACGAUGAACCAUACAUAUAUGAUCCAGCAAAUCCAGAAAAAUUAGACCAGUAUGGUCGAAUUCUAUUGCAUGGCAACGGAUAUAACAGGUGGUUCGACAAAUCAUUUACUUUGUGUGUAGGCAGCAAUGGCAGAAUUGGUUUCAAUGCUGAACACUCGUGGGCAGAUGCUGCAGUGAUGUCACAUUUGUGGGAGUACAUGCUGUCUCAAGAAAUCGUCGAUAGAGCGGCUGAUGCUCCUAUUAUGGGAACUCUGUGGGAAUAUGUUAUCGCUAAUGACAUGCAAAUGGGAUACUUAGAAGAUGGACAUACCAAAGGUGUACCAGAGUUCACACCUCCUGCUCCUACUCGCCUCAAAUGGGAUUUAACUCCAAACUGUAUAGCUGCUAUCGAAGACUCAUAUAAAGUUGCACAGACGUUAUUAAACGAUGUUGAACUACGCAUUUAUGAGCACAAUGCAUACGGUAAAGGUUUCGUUAAGAAGAAUUCCAUGUCGCCCGAUGCUUACAUACAAAUGGCUCUUCAGCUGGCGUAUUACCGUGAUUCUAAUAAAUUUAAUUUGACUUACGAAGCUUCUAUGACCAGAUUGUUCCGAGAAGGAAGAACAGAAACAGUCAGACCAUGUACAAUUGAGUCUACAGAGUGGGUGAAGGCUAUGGAGAAUAAGGAAGCAACUGUAGAUCAUAAGUAUAAAUUACUGAUGGCUGCAGCAAAACAACACCAAAAGGGUUAUCAAGAUGCCAUGUGUGGCAAAGGAAUAGAUAGACACCUGUUUUGUUUAUACGUAGUGUCUAAAUAUUUAGAAGUGGAUUCUCCCUUCCUAAAGGAGGUUUUAAGCGAACCGUGGAAGUUGUCUACUUCGCAAACUCCACACGGUCAGACGUCGUUAAUAGAUAUGAAGAAACAUCCAAAUUGUAUUUCUGCAGGAGGUGGCUUUGGGCCUGUGGCAGACGAUGGUUAUGGUGUUUCUUACAUCAUCGCUGGAGAAAAUCGUAUAUUCUUUCAUGUCUCUUGCAAACUUAGUUCUCCUAAAACGAACGCUGCCAGAUUUGCAAAACAAAUAGAGAGGGCAUUAGCAGAUUUAAAGACUUUGUUCCUCGAGAAAAACAAGCAACAAGCUCCGAAGAAUGGAGCUCUGUAAUUAUAACAUGAGAAGAGAAACUACGACCAUUAUAUUUUAGUAGAAACUUAAGACACUGAAUACUUUUUCCAAAAGUGUUCGAAAGAGAAGAUUCACUCGCUUAUAGAGCACCAUUUAUUCAUAUUUUGCUUAAACAUGUUUUAAACGCGACACUUUAAAAUAGUACAAACAAAAAGAGCCAAGUAAUGUAAUUCAUCAAACUUUUUUCAUCGAUUUACUCGCGAUAUCUAAGUAAUUUUAUAAAUAAAAAAUUUAUAUUUUAUAUUCUUUAGUAUUGUACAUUAAACGACAAAACGCACAAAAUCGAGCUAUGCCAAUUUUUAUAUGGAUAUUUGUACAAGAUAUUUCGAAAUGAUAUAAUAAUUGUCAAUUAUAGCAAUUAAAGAGCUCGUUAAAAAUUUCAGAAAUAUUUAGCACGUAUUGAAUACUUUUGCUCUCAGGUACUUUCUUCCCCAGAUAAGAUUACUUCAAUCUAUUUUUAAAAGUCUUUUAAUAAUGGCAUGAUUAACGAGUAGACAUAGUAAACAAAUAUAAUAAACAAUAUAUAGAAGAUUAUAUUUAUAUUAUAUUUUGGAAGAAUAUUUGACUGUUAUUUAGACAGUAAACAAAAUUCAUUUCGUAAUGGAAAAAUAUGACCCCAAGGACAAUACUAUUAAAUAUAUAGUAGUUAUUUUUAAUCCCUUUUAUUCGUUAAAAUACAGUAUUUAAGUUAAAAUAUUGGGCUAAAGUAUUCAAAGUAUUCAAAGUUUCCCGUUAAACGUAUUAAAGAUAAAUGAUAUGAUUGAUACUUUUAUAUGAAACGUACAUGAAAGUAAAAGAUUGAUAUUUUUAAUGUUUUUAAUGUUUAAGAAAACAUUCACUUCAUAUUUCGUUACAUCUCACGGUAUACUUACAGAAUGAUUAAUAAUCUAACGUUUUAAAUGCAAUUGUAUAUCGUCACAUUGUCAUUAUUAGACUGUGGAUCUUUAUGCAAAACAAAAUCUUUGCAUAUGUACCUACAAAAAAUUGAACCUAAGUAGGAAUUCAUUUUACUCUGUAAACAUUAUAAUAUGAAUUUUACUUUUAGUAUUUCUUUUAUAUUAUUGCAUACUGUGUGCAUUUUGUGAUUUCUUGCACAUUCAAAUUUCCUAUGAACGCAUAAAAAUCCACAGUCUAGUCAUUAUGUUCAUAGAAUUAGACAUGUAAUGCGCGAUAUCUUAUUGCAUAAUAUUAGACAAAUAUAAAACGAAUCUUGUUACGAAUCUCGACAACAUUAACUAUUUUAAUUAGACAAGAGAUACUUUUCAUAAAUUACUCAUGACUUUACAAAUUGUAUAUAUUAACGCGUCACUUUUAACACAUUGUGAUUGUGUUAGGAAUUAGUAUAAAAAUAUGUCGAGUAAUAUGCCAUAGAUCAAUAUAUCUGCAACUUAUCAAUGCAAAGUUGUAAUGUUAUAGAUAGUUUUAUACGUAUACUGUAUUAAUCUUUUUAUUAUAUCUUUGCUAAAGUUAUAUAGGUAUACCUAGGUACUGGUGCUUUUACAAUUUUAUUAAUGGUAUUUCAUAAUGUUAAAAUUAUAUGUAUUUAUCUGAUAUAAAGAAGAAACGGAGAUAGUUAAAUAAAUAUAUGGAAUAGUUAGACAAUGUGAAUGUAUAAAAGUGAGAAAAUUUUAAACUCGCACUUGUUAAAUGUUUUGUAAAGAAAAAUACGGUGAUAACAAGACGAAAUUAUACUUAAACUUUUAAAAUCUCUAGAAUGAGAUAUUGCUGGCUAUUGAACUUGUUUGAAGGAUGGACCUAUGCAAGUAGUAAGAAAUUAUUGAAUAAAUAAACACGUUUGUUAAAUAAAAGAA